UCAAGUUUUUGCAGAUAUACGGAGGAUAUUUCUAUCAGUGGUGCUCUAUAGUGAAUUAUAUAGUUCUAUGAUAAAAUUCAAAGUGCCAAAACUGAUUGAAACAUUUUUUCAGGUUAUGUAUCUGUAACUGUUUGUUUGGUGUUCUGUUGUUUAUUUGAUAAGAGACUUUAAAAUUAUACAAAUUAAUACAUUUUAUUGUGAAAGUAAAUAUUUAGCCAAAAUGCAUCGACGUGGAGGUAAGAGAAUUCGUAUGGAUGAUCCCCCGCCUGAAUACGAAAACCCCAUGACUCCCCAACUAGAGCAAGAUAACUACGGUGGAUAUGUACAACAAAAUAUCUAUGGAGAUCAGUAUGGGGAUCAGUCAGGGGGUGAUUUCGAAUCUCCUCCAACUCCUGGAAUGAGGAGAGUAACCAGAUCCAAAGCCAGAGGCUUGAAUAAUCCACCACCUCCUGUUGUACCACCUUCCUAUUCUCCAACGAGUACUGGAACUCCAGGUAGAGGAAGGGGAAGAGGUAGGCCUCCUGGUAGAAAAAACACUGUAGGAGAAAUAAUUCACAGUCGCGAUGAUGACGAUUCUUUAUAUCAUACAAUAAAAAACAGUAAAAAUUCAUUGACUCACAUUGUGGAUGACUGGAUAGAGAGUUAUAAAAUAAAUAGAGAAGCAGCCCUCAUUUCAUUGAUGCAAUUUUUUAUAAAUGCAUCGGGCUGUAAAGGUAGAAUUACCCAACAAAUGCAAGCUUCCAUGGAACACGCUGCCAUAAUUAGAAAAAUGACUGAGGAAUUCGAUGAAGAAAGUGGUGAAUAUCCUUUAAUCAUGGCCGGACAGACUUGGAAGAAAUUUAGAUAUAAUUUUUGCGAAUUUGUACAGACAUUGGUAAAACAGUGUCAGUAUACUAUUAUAUAUGAUCAAUUUUUAAUGGAUAAUGUCAUAUCAUUGCUCACUGGAUUGUCUGAUUCACAGGUUCGAGCCUUUAGACACACUGCUACUUUGGGAGCAAUGAAACUUAUGACUGCUCUAGUAGACGUUGCUCUUACUGUAUCGGUUAAUUUGGACAAUACUCAACGUCAGUACGAGGCCGAACGACAAAAAACAAGAGAAAAACGUGCCAGUGAUCGUUUAGAAGCUCUAUUAGCCAAAAGGCAAGAACUAGAAGAAAAUAUGGAUGAAAUUAAAAACAUGUUAACGUACAUGUUCAAAUCAGUAUUUGUGCAUCGUUACAGGGAUACUUUACCUGAAAUUCGAGCUAUUGCUAUGACUGAAAUCGGUGUGUGGAUGCACAAGUUUCAUGCAAACUUCUUAGAUGAUUCAUAUUUGAAGUAUAUCGGUUGGACACUACAUGAUAAGGUUGGAGAAGUACGUCUUAGAUGUUUGCAAGCAUUACAACCUUUGUAUGCCAGUGAGGAACUAAAAGGAAAAUUGGAAUUGUUUACUAAUAAAUUUAAAGAUCGUAUAGUGGCUAUGACACUCGAUAAAGAAUAUGAAGUAGCCGUUCAAGCCGUCAGGUUGGUUAUUUCCAUCUUAAAACAUCAUCAUGAGAUUCUAACUGACAAAGAUUGUGAACAUGUGUAUGAAUUGGUAUAUUCUUCACAUAGAGCUGUAGCUCAAGCAGCUGGAGAAUUUUUAAACGAACGUCUAUUCCAACCUGGUGAUUUAGAUGCAGGGAAAACUAAAAGGGGAAAACGUCGAUUACCCAACACCCCAUUCAUUCGUGAUUUAGUUCAAUUUUUUAUUGAAUCCGAACUACAUGAACACGCCGCGUAUCUGGUAGAUUCUCUUAUAGAAUCCAAUAAUAUGAUGAAAGAUUGGGAAUGUAUGACAGAUUUGUUAUUGGAAGAACCCGGUCAUCACGAGGAACCACUAGAUAAUAGACAAGAGACCAGUUUGAUUGAAAUUAUGGUUUGUUGCGUGAAACAAGCUGCAACUGGUGAAGCACCAGUCGGUAGAGGUCCUACCAGAAAAAUGAAUUCCGUAAGGGAAGUCAAACAGGCCGGAGAAGACAAGCAAAAACUGACCGAGCAUUUUAUAGUGACUUUACCGCCUUUGUUGGAUAAAUACUCUGCUGAUCCGGAAAAAUUGGCGAAUCUCUUGAGCAUACCUCAAUAUUUCGAUUUGGAUUUGUAUACCAGUGGAAGACAAGAAGGUUCACUGCAAGCCCUUUUAGCCAAGUUGAAAUAUAUCGUACAAGUCCAACACGAACCGGAAGUUUUAGAAACAUUAGCAAAAACUUUAGAAAUACUUUGUACAGACGGUCAUUCGAUAUUUACUAGAUGCGAUGUCGCCAGAUCGACUAUCAUCGAUAUGAUAGUCGCUUCUUACAAAGAAGCCAUCGACGAUUGGAGAAAUUUGAUGCUCGGCGAAGAAACUCCAAAUGCUGACGAAGUAUUUAACGUUAUUAGUUCUUUGAAGAAAUUGUCCAUGUUUUACGCUUGUCACAAUUUGAAUAGUUGGGGAUUGUGGAAUACGAUGUUCCAGGAUGUGCAGGAUUCCGAGACAACUUUGCCUCCUGAAGCACUCAAAUAUUGUCUGAGCUCUUGCUAUUAUUAUCUUCUGUGGGGACUGAGAGAUUUGGAGAUUACCGUAGAAGGAGGUGGUUUAACGCAUUCCAGUAUUCAAGAUCUGAGAGAAAAAUUAGACGAUUUCAUUGAAGCUUCACAGAUGUUGAUCAAAUCUUCACCCCACAAUAUUAUUAAGGAGGAAGCUUACGUAGGAUUAUGCGAUCUCUUGAUCGUUUACAGCGAACAGUUGCACAGCUCGUCUCCAUCUUUGGCCGAAUUAAUUUGUAAACCGGAUAAGAAUCUUCAAGCGCUGUUAAACGAAUUCGUACAAAUGUACGUCUUCGUCCCGGAACAAGAUGCCGAACACGACGAACUUCGCAUCGAAGGUCUCCACAAACGACGUAACUUCCUAGCCGCUUAUUGCAAACUUAUAGUUUACAAUAUAAUGGCGACGAAAGCGGGCGCUGACGUUUUCAAACACUACGUUAAAUACUACAACGAAUACGGAGAUAUAAUAAAAGCCACUUUGAGUAAAGCUAGAGAGAUAAACAAAGUGAAUUGCGCUUUGACUAUGUGUUUGAGUUUGAACAUGAUGUUCAACGAGGUACAAAAACUGAGCGGCGGACGACAAAUUCGUCAACACGAGGAAUUUUUCGCUUUGAAGGAAUUGGCGAAACGGUUCGCGUUGUCGUUCGGUUUGGACGCCGUCAAGAACCGCGAAGCGAUUACGGCGCUACAUCGAGCCGGUAUCAUAUUCGCGGUGACCGGUUCGGAAAAUGUUAGCGACGACCCGACGGGGCCUCCGCCUAAUUUACCUUUCUUGGAUAUCUUGACGGAAUUUACUAAUAAACUACUCAAACAAGAUAAGAGAGUCGUUAUGGGUUUCUUGGAUAAGAGGAUUACAACUGGUAUGCCGAGUAGUAAAGGCGAAGAUUGGCAACCUCUGCUACUUUAUAGAAAUUCCUUGUUGCACGGAGAAACUGACCAACUGCCUACUACUAGUAAAAGAGCCUACGGAAGAAAACGACACAAGUCUCCUGAUUCUGAUGCCGAACAAGACGAUCUGUCGGAUCAGGAUUUUCCCGGUAAUUUGUAUGGUUAAACAAACCAUUGUAUUUAUUUUAUUAUGAUUAAGUAAUUUUUGAUGUACCUAAGUGUAGUUUAGUUAUUUUUAUUAAAUUCUAAAACAUU